CAUAUUUUUCUGUAGGAUUUUUUUUUCUGUAGCUCUAGAAAGAACGAAACAAGGGGGAAAUUUUGUGAGGAUAAAACGGGAAGCGAAAACGUAGAAGGUUGGAGUACGUGAGAUACUUUACGGUGCACAAAGAAAGGUGGAGAUUGGAAAAAUAACAAUUAAGGCGAAGAAGUCAAUAAUUGUGUGAUUUACGUAUUUAAGCAACUUGUGUUCCCAAAUAACACUUUCAUUUUACGACAGGGGCACCCGGAAAGAUUAAUCAUGACGACAGAAAUGCAUGAGGUCUCUGUGACAGAAGACAAGCCUUUACUUACAAGUCAGCAGGACACCGCAAAGGAGGCUGAGAUUGCCGCCAGAAUACUGCUGGACCAGGGGAAGGAGCAUGAAAUCGAGACUCCACAUGGCUUGCUCCAUGUGACGCUACAUGGCACAGGAAUCACUCGUAGACCAGCCAUACUGACCUUCCACGAUGUAGGGACGGACAGUAAGAGUUGCUUCACCACUUUUUUCAAGUUCCACGAGAUGGAGGAAAUUGUAAAGAACUUUACUGUGGUUCACAUUGAUGCACCAGGACAGGAGGAGGGUGCUGCCCCCUAUCCUGCAGGGUACCAGUAUGCCUCUAUGGAUCAGCUUGCAGAGAUGAUCAAAUCUGUUGUGCAGUACUUCAAUUUCCGCUCUGUGAUUGGAGUUGGAGUUGGAGCAGGAGCCUAUGUCAUGGCGAAGUUCACGAUGGAUAAUCCACACACUGUUGAAGGGCUCGUCCUGAUCAAUAUCGACCCGAAUGCCCGAGGAUGGAUGGAGUGGGCUGCCCAAAAAAUCAGCUUAUUGGCAUCUUGCCUUGCAGAGCAGCUUAUUUGUCACCUCUUCAGUCAGAAAGAAAUCACAGGAAACACAGACCUUGUUCAGUCCCACAGAGAGAGAAUCUCUAAUGCCCCAAACCUUGUGAACAUGGAACUAUUCUGGAAGAGCUUCAACAGUCGCAGAGAUCUGAACAUUGACCGCAACAACACACUCAAAUGUCCUGUCAUGCUGGUGGUCGGGGACCACGCUCCAUAUGAGGAAGCAGUGGUGGAGUGUAAUUGCAAACUGGACCCCACUUCAACUUCAUUCUUGAAGAUGGCCGACGCUGGUGGGAUGCCACAACUUAACCAGCCCAGCAAGCUAACUGAGGCGUUCAAAUACUUCAUCCAGGGAAUGGGCUAUAUGGCUUCAUCCUGCAUGACGCGUCUGUCACGCUCACGCACCACCUCCCUCUCCUCCUCAUACUCCAUCGAUGGGUCCCGCUCCCGUUCCCGCACUCUCUCGCAGGGCUCGCAGGAUAACCUUCCCCCGAGUCCCUCCAACACCAUGGAGGUCUCCUGCUGAACAGAGGGAGCAAGGGAGAGAGAGAGAGAAAGAGAGAGCGAGAGAAAGAGAGCGAGAGAGAGAGAGAGAGAGAGAGAGAGAGAGCAGGAGAGAAGUGGAUGGUUGAAUGGAUGAAUGGAUAGUUGGAUGAAGGAAGAGGUGCUACGUUGGGAAAGUCAUAACAAUCAGUCAUAUCCAUUCAUCAAAGUACCAUGUAAAGCAAAAGAGAGAUAGAGACAUAAUGAGAAGAGAGAGAGACAGAAGAAAGGUAAAGCUGUAAAACUCCUCUUAUCAACUUAAUCUCAUUCUCCUCUGUGAUUUGUUUAUCCCAUAUUUGGAGGGACGUGAGAAGAGCAGGGAAGUCCAUGAGAAACGUGAGAACUGAUUGCUGAAAAAAUGUGGAAAGAGAAGGGGAGAACAUCAAUCUGCCAGACGUUGGAGCCCUUUAACCUCUGCAGCAUGGGCGGGGCCUGUAAAGAGAUCCAAAUGUAGUGCUGACCAAUAGUAACACUUCUAAUAUGAAUAUUAAUUAUAAAUAUAUAUUGAUAACAAUGACCAUAAUGAAAUAAAAAAUAGCAGCUCUCUUAAUUAUAUGUUGAAAAAUAGUGGAAAAUAGAUAAUAGAAUAGAAAAAAAAGGAAAACAAUAGAGUAGAAAUACUCUGUUUGUACAUAUAAUGUGUGUCAACUUUUUAACACUACAUUGUGUGCUUUUAAUUUCUAUUCUUCAUAUUUGUCAUUUUAUAUUCAGUAGUUUUCUAAUUCUGCUGCUGAAGUGAAGGCAAAGUAUUAUAUUCUGAAUUUAUUGGUCACGACCAUUACAACAGGUCUUGGCUAAAUACUGGUGUCCUUCAAUGGCAGCCAGCUCAUGUCUUCCAUUUGCCCGGUGAAGAUAAAAAGUUUAGGGAGUUUAGGGUAAACACUGUAACUCUUAAUAACCUUGGGUUUGCUUAGGUGUAGUAUGGGAUAUUGGUUUGUUUGCCUGCUCCAAACUGCAUGCGUGAAUUAUUUUGUCCUUGUCAUGUUAAGCGUGCAUUUUCUUUCUUUUUGAUGUGUGAGCAAAUGGAUUAUGGAUGUUGAAUAGUAGAAAGGCAAAAGAUCAGAAUGGCUAAAGUUUUAGGGUUUGCUUCUUGGGAAAUCAGAGAGAAACUCCCCUGAAGCAGGCAGAGGUACUUUGUAGGGAUGUUGCAAUUCAAUUGUCAGCCAUUAGGGGUCACUGUUAGUAAUUGGUUAAGAAGUGACUGGGUUUAUUGUCUAGCAACCAGGCCCAACUGUUCCGUUCCAGUUUAUCAGAUAAAGUGCUUGAGGGCAUAGUAUUUGUAGGAAAUUUUUAACCAUGUUAUGUGUAACCUGAGCAAUUUAUUAUUUUUCUUCUCUCCAUUGUUUGAGAAUGCAGUCAGUUGUCGACACUGACCUUCUAUUGCUAAGCUAUUAGCCACAUGUAGCAAUAGUAGCCCCAUGUAACAAAAAUAAAUGUUGUCGAUUCUUAAACAUCUGCCAGUAAUUCCACUACUACCAGAUAUUUUAGCAUUAAUUCAUAAAUUUUGAAUAUUUUAAUCUAGUUGAAUUCAUUAGGAUAUGCGCAAAUAUAACCUAAUAAUUGUUCAAGUCUUACAUGGAGUGAAAGGAUUUGGCAUGUGUAUAUGUGUGUUAUCUGUGUCUGUGCAUGAGUUUAGACACAAGAUUUACCCACAAAAGCAAGUUUAAGGUAGUUUUCAGGAGUCAUACAAAAAUCACUUCCAUCAAUCCUUUGCUGUCAAAUCCUGAUUUGGUGUUUAGCCAAGCCCUUCACUGCCAAACGUUUUAUAGCUGCUUAAGGUUUUAAUAUGAAAGCCUCCGAUUUACCCCACAAUGUUAAGCAGCUACUAAUAUUAAAUGCAAUUUUAUUACAUAUGGCCUUGAGCUGCAAAGGUACUGCCUAGUAAACUGAUCAAUUAUAACCCAUCAUAAUAAUAUAGCCUUGUCCUUAAUGAGAUAGCCAGAACACUAGCCAAUAAUAAAAUUAGACCAUCACUGUUUUUGACUUACAAUAUGUAAAACAUGAAUGUGUUUAAGAAGCCAUUAUAGUCAGCAUAACACUGCCCUAAAAUAUAAGCUCAUUAUGUAAGUCAUUGCUGAAAUGACUUGAUAGGGAAUCCUUCCAAGAGUUUUGUAUAUGAUGUAUGCAGGCAGAUUACAGCGUGUUUUGGGGGAGUGUGCCAUAGUGCCCUUGUUCACAUUAGUAUUUAAGCUCAGAGCAGAGGAACAGUAGCUGUUGACAUGCAUGUGCAGGCACACAAGGCUUUUCACUCAGUCAUUAUUACAACGUCAGUGCCGACACUGGUAAUAACUGAGUGCGCUUACAGUGGUUACAGACAUGGAAAUGACAGGAUUACAGACAUGGUAAUAACAAUGACUCCUCCCUGUUUUUCAUUUCAAAACACAACAAAAAGGGAAAAGAGGUGGGAGUCUGAUGUCUUUUAAUUACCCCCCCCCCC